GUCUACUAAAGUGCCAACUGCCAUCUAUAAUGCACAAUUUGCUACACAGUUCUCAAUCUACUAUACAUAUAAUCACAUAUGGACAGUUUUUAACCGGUUUUAUUUACGUCGUAAAAGUAACACUGUUUUGACUUACUACGAUUUAUUCGUUUUAUAUUUUAUAAAACAAGUGCACUAUAAAAAACACUGACUGCUUUAGAUUUAAAUGUUACAUCAUGUAACAUGUUCACCGAUAACAGCUGAAAUAAGGAAUGUCACAUAAAAUGGCAAAAACAAAGACUGGAAGUAAAGUAACUAGUACAAGAUCCAUAAUGCAAACAAGAAAUGCAUCAUCUAAGAAAAAAACCAUUGUAUCAGUUUCACAGGAUAAAGAAACUGCUGAAAAACAAAACCAGAAAAAUAAGGAAUGUAAACAGCGAUCUAAAGAGACUACUAAUAAUAAUAGAAUCAUAGCUGCAAAAACUGUAACAUUUAAUAAUUCCAGUAAUUUAGAUAGAAAUAAGACAGAAGAUAUUAAGAGACAAAACAGUAGGAAUGAGAUAAGUGAAAAUAUCUCUAACAAGCGACAAAUGUCGUUAAAAGAAUCCUUCAUGAAUCAAUCAAAGAUGAGAGUGUUGCGUUCUUUUAAAAAUGCUAAAGUGCACAAAAAUGAUUUAACAUCAACAAAAGGAGAUAAUCCUUUUAAUUUAAAAGAUUGUAGUAUUAUAUUAGAAAACAAAUUGAAUGUAAGUAAUAAAAGAUUACCAGUUUAUAAAUGUGUUCUGCUUGAAAGUUCUAAAGAAAAUAGUAAUGAGAUUUACGAGUUCAAAUUUGAUGCUAAUGAUUCUGCAGAAAAGGUACCUAAAAAACGUAAGAAAAAGCUUAUUCUUAAGAAAGCAUUUUUAAGUAAAAAAAAGAAAAAUAUUCGUGUAAAUAAUAAUGUACAAAAAACAAAAAUUGAUAAGAAGGCGCCAGAUAAAUUUCAGGUUAAAGAAGUUAACGAACUUGAAGAAAAAAAGGAGGAGAAAAAUAAUAAAAAAGUAACAGAAAAGGAUUCUGCAGAGUCUAAAGAAAACAAGGUUUCAGUAGAACCUGUGACUGAACCUGUAUCAAAAGACAAUUUGCAUACAGAAACAGAUAUUCAUAAAACGGAAGGAAAUAUAAAUGAAGAGGAAGUAGAGAAUAAUAAUAUUACAAAACCAACAGUUGUAUCAGUAGAAGAGUUAAAUAAUAAAAAGAUUACAAUAAUGAAUAAUUCGCAAAUAUCAAAUUCAAACGAUUUUCGGCCAUUUAGACCAACAAACGUUUUUAAGAAUGAAUUUGCGGUACCACAAAAGAACAUGUUUAAUCGUUCGCUGUUUGGAAAAUCUUUAUCACCAAUCAAGAAAUUAUCAGAGGAUUCAGACAUUGCUAGUCCAUGGAGGUUACCACCAUUAUUUGCGUUUUCACAGGUAAAUAAUGUAUUCCAAAGUACACCACAAAAUAGAAAGUUUGAUAUUGCUAGUAAUAGGUUUGUAAGAACUUUAAAUAAUGAAACCAAAUCAUAUGUUGAUACAAUAAACACAAAAAUUUUAAAAAGAAAUAAUGAAAAUAUAAGUGCAGAAGGACAUGUAAAUACUAUUAAUUUAAAAAAGAAAACUCCAUUGGUGUCAAGAAAAUUUGGAACAGAAAUUACAAACAUGAAUCAGUCUUUACAGUCUAAUUUAGGAGAAAGUAUAAAUGAAUUGGUAACAAGUGAUGUUGAAAACAUACAGCCAUCAACCAUACAAUCACCCAGCAUGAUUAACUUCAGCAUAAAUAAUACAUUUAGCUCUGGCACUAAUGAAAGUAAUGAAAAUAAUGAAAAUCAUGAAAAUCAUGAAAAUAGGGAGAAUAAAGAGAAUAAAGAAAAUAAGGAGAAUAGAAAGAGUAAAGAAAAUAAUACGACAAAUUAUUUAAGUAAAAAAGUUUUUAAAAAGAAAAAAAUUAAAUCUCAAAGCCCUAAGAAAAGUGCAUUACGUGUACAAAUGGAUGAACAGAAGGAAAAUAUGGAUCCUCAACCUGGACCAUCAGGCUUACAGAAUCGUUUAAGUUCUAAUAAUUUAAGAGUAUUGAGGCAAUCGAAUUUAAAUAAUUUUUUGAACAUAGCAGAGAUGCCACAAAGUACUGUAAUUAAAACACCUCAUAGAAUUUUUGAUGAUGUAUGUUCAACACCAAUCAGUAGCAAAUCAGAUAGAAAGAUGAACAAAUCCGUUACAGAUUUAAAAAAUGCAUUUGGUUUUGAUGAAGAAGAUUCUAAUCAGGAUGUACUGCUUAUUGAAUGUAAAAAUACAAAUGACAAAGAAAAACAGGACAAUGCCAUUCAAACGAACUUAGAAAAUAACAACAGACCUUUAGCAAGAUUAUCAAUCGGUGAAAUAAAAUACAAAUUACUGAGUAAUAAAUUAAAAGAUGAUGUAAGAAAAGAACAAAAUGUAGAAACCAAAAAAUUAAUUGCAAAAAAAUCGCCUAUCAAAGAAAAUAAGAAAACUAAAAUAGAUAUUAUAAAUUUUUCUGAUACAUUUGAUGUUUUUUCCGAAAUGGAUGAAUCUGUUUCGGAAAAUAUACCAGAAGUUCCACUAUUCGCUGAUUGCGAACCAACUCACUUUAAACAGCCUCCACGAUAUUCAUACAAACGUAAACGAGCAGUGAAAUUCAAUUUAUCAGAUGAAACUGAUCAUGAAGAAGAAGAAGACUUGGAAUUUGAACCUGAAUCAAAGCGGAAAAAAGGUAAUAAAAUGAAAGCAGAACAAGAAAACAGGCUAAUGGAGUGGGUUGAUAGUAUUAACAAAUCAUUUAAUGAAGUGGACGAGUAUGAACUUGUGAUUGAAUAAAUUGAUCACAAUUAUUAACUAAAUUUCUAAUAUAAUUAUAAAUAGUUAUUGACAUUCA